AUGAGGCGGCCGCACUGCUGCUGCCUGACAGCUUCUGCCGCACGCGACGAAGGGGUGGGCCCUGCCGCCACGCCCUGUGGCGGCCGCACUGCCGCUGCUGCACGCGGGCCGAUCGGUGCCAGCCCCAGGACGGACUGCACCGCAUUGACAAUGCAUGCUGCUCCAUACAGGCGAAUAGAACACUGCGUCCAUCGAGGACGACGCAUCACAUUCCGGGCUACGACACUUCUCGCGACGGCAUGUAGAGAAGCAGUGCGGCCGCCACAGGGCGUGGCGGCAGGGCCCACCCCUCCAUCGCGUGCGGCAGCAGCGCUGUCAGGCAGCAGCAGUGCGGCCGCCUCAUACGGUGGCGGCCGGGCCCACGAGCUCGUCCCCGUUCCGUCGCCGGUCUGGAAUCCCAUAGCAAGCAACUGGCAGCAUGGCAGCGUGGCGGCGGGGCCGGCCGCCUCACGUCAUGGCGGCAGCUUCUGUGGAUCUUAUCCACAUCGCCAUUAUUUUCUGGCAGCACCGCUUCUCCUUUGUCUUCUCUCUAUCCAUCCAGCGGCUCUGCUCUCCUUCCUCUCGGUGUGUGUGUGUGUGUGCUGCAGCCACACACACGCCCACGGCCCGGCAUUGACCUCUCUCUUCUUCCUCCACAACGAAUCAAGCACCACUCUCUGCUGGACCGCGACGCCAGAAUCGAUCACGGGCCGUCUUGCCCAUGACCGGUGGCUGCUUCACGUUCGUCGACAGACUGCGACGCUGCUGCUGCUCGUAUGGGCUCUCGGUGGCCGGGCCAGCACGCGUCGGGGCUGGCUGGGCUCCCAGCAGUCGGCCUCCCCGCCUCCUCCAACAUCGCCUGGAGAGGAGCCCCUCUGUGCUUCCGAGCCGCCUCCUCGAGCAGGGCAGCCAGAGGGAAGGGAGUCGCCACAUGGAACACAACUGAAACGCCCCGCCUUGGAGCUCGCUGCCUCCGGCAACCUCUCUGUCGGCCUCGUGCUCCUCCGUCUCGAGCACCCCCUCCUGGCCGCCGUCCAUCUCUUGGCGGUGCCUGUUAGGCAGGCGUUGAUGCUUAUCCUCGGCUCUCUCUCUGUCAGCUGUCUCCUUCAGGAUGAGGAGGAUGAAUGGGGCUCUCGCAGCUGGGCCACUGCGGCCGAGUUGACUGAGGGCGAGUGCGCGCGUCCGGCGCAUAUGGCCCCGCCUCCGCGCCUCCGCUCCUGCUCCUCCUCUCGCCCGGGCAGCGUCCCGCCCGCGCCCUUCAUGUGCUCGCCGCCGUCAUCCUACGCCCGAUCGGAUCGGGAGCGCCGCAGCUCGAUACAGGCCAAAAAGAUCUCAAACUGUUUUUUCUUUAACUCACCGAGAACUGCGGGUUGAAUAGCCAAAAUAGUAGGGGGUUUUCUGCAAAAAUUCUGACGUACGACCAGAAGCACUUCGUGCUUUAUUAGUAGGGAAAGAUUUAUAGUAAAUUUAUAUUUAGUAAGAACUAUUUGAAUUAAUAGAACUAGUUGAA